AUGAGAGUUACAGUUGCGCCAUUAUAAAUCUCAAGAUCAUUGCCUCCAGUUCCCUUGCCAGUAAUGGCAACACCAGUGAUGGUUGAUAGAGUCGUUAACAUACAUCAUUCACAAGUAUUUCACACGGAUUCACCAUUAAAAUAACAAAGUGAAUAGAAAUUGAAAUAAUUGGAAUCCAGAGUGUAAAAUCUAGAAAGCCAAUCUCCAACUAAGGGGAAGGUGGAAAAGCUACUCGAGGAAAAUGAAAAAUUGUUGCAGUUGGUUCUUGAGAAGACUGAACAUGCCUCAAAAUAUAAAGGGGAAUUACUUACUGCUAAAAAGGAAAUCACAAAGUUGAAGAAAGUCCUAGAUUUGAAGGAGGAAGCAUUAACGGAUAUGAGAAUAAAAAGUCAGAGUCGGAGUAUGUCAAGAGCGAGUGAUAGAAAGGCUGAAUAAAUUAUGUACGAGAAAUAACUACUCGAAUAAUAAUAUGCAAGUGAAAAACAAUAUUUGCAAAAUCAAAUACAUUAGCUCAAAGAAGUCAUAGAGUCACAAUCAUCUUAAAAUCAAUCCUUCUAAAAUAUAGAUUAUCAACAAUAAUACAUUUCUAAUCCCAAUCAAUAAAUAGAGCUAUUUGGUUAACAACCAUAAUAGUCAGGUUAAAUUAUAAGAGGUAGUUAAAAGAGCAUAAAGAAGCCCCCAUCAUAAAAUUAAAUAUAAUAUGAAGUUCCUGAAUACACCAAUUAGUAAUCCAGGAAUCCUCCAGCUUAAGAACACCAUAGAAAGCUCUCCUCAGCAUUUUAGGGUAAUGAUCAGAAAUAAAUUUCGCCUAUAAAAAAUGAUUAUGCUUAUGAUUAACCUUUGUAAUCGGUCUAACAUUCCAAGCGAUAAUCCUAUACAUAAUAAGACUGUCAAAGACAAAAUGUCAUACCAUAUGAAGUAGAAGGAAAUGCCUAAGAUCAAAGAGCUAUUAGAAAAGAUAGCUAAAGAUAAUAAUCUUAUAAACAACCUGAACAGGUCCAAAGAAAAUCCAUAUCUCCAACAUUUGAAUAAUAAUAAUAAGAUUAACUUAAUUCAAUUAGAUAAAACUAAAGAUAAUAAUCAUAUAAACAAGGUGAUAUUUAAAGAAAAUCAAUCUCUCCUAAUCAAGAGGAGGCUGUAAUUGAAUUAAGAGGAGGUUAACGAUAAGAUCAUUCAAGAUAACCAUCUUAUAAAUAACAAAUUCCAACCUCAGAAUAAUAACGCAAUACUCAUAGGAAGCAGUCUAGUACUGUUGAAUAAUAUUAGGUGUAAAUUUACUAAUUGAAUGAUGAAUUACUUUAGGCAAGACAUUUAGAGGAUGAAUUGAGAUCACAGAUUAAUCUAUUGAAUUAAUAACUCUAGGAACACAAGCUAAUGGUAGAUAAUUUGCAAUAAGAUUAGAGAAAAUAAUAGGAAUAGAUUGCUAAAUAUAAAUAAGAUUUAUAUAAUUAAAACUAAGAAUUACAGAAAUAGAUAUCUGGUAAUAAGGAUUUGCAGUUGCAGCUUCAAAAGUUAUAACGCAACACUGAUUCUUAGAAUAAAUUACAAGAUUAAAAGUUACAAGAGCAUUUGCGAAAAUAAAACAUUUUAGAAAAGUAAUUAGAAGAAUCGAAUUAAAUUAUAGAAAGACUUGAAUAAGAAAGCUAAAAUAUCUCUCAUAAAUUUGAAUAGGAGAAAGAUGAUUUAAUCAAGGAGUAUGAAGAAUAACUAGAGUUGAAGUAGUAAGAACUCAUUGAGUUGAAUCAAUCUGCUCUUUUGGAAAAAACUUCCAAGGUGGAAUUUGAAAUUUAAUUGAAUCAAUUAAAACAAAAGGAAGCUAAUUUCAACUCUGAAAUAGAUAAAAUACGCAAAUAAAAAGAUUUGAUGAAAGCCUAGUUGGAAGAAACUCAAAAAAGUCUUAAUUAGGCUAAAAUUUAAAUAAGUCAAAUUGAGUCAGAACACUCAGCACAAGUUGAAUUAAGGGAACAAUUGGAGACUAAUUAUGCAAUUCUAUAAAAGGAAUAUGGGGAGUUUAAGGAGAAUUCUGCAUCUUAAUUUAAUAGCAAAAUGAAUAGCUAUUAAUAAAAGGCUUAAUUGGAGUAUGACAAAUUAAAGAAAUAGAGUCUGCAGUAAUAAUCAGAGUUGGAUAGGGUGUUACUAGAAAAAUCAGAGUUGGAACAGGAGUUGAAUAACACUCAAUAGGAUUUGGGACAUCAAUAUAAGGAAGUUACCUAAUAGUUGUAGACAGCAAAGUAAACAAUUAAUGAACAGAAAAAGCAUAUAAAAUAGUUAGGGUAGUAGAAUUAAUAGUUAAGUCAGGAUCAUCAAGAACUAUCAGUGCAUUAUUAAUAAUAGGAGAGUGAGUUAAAUCAAUUAAGAUAGGAAUUGUAAACUCAAUAGGAUCAAUGUUAAUCACUUAGAUUUGAUAUUUCUAGAAUUUAAGUGGAUAAAGCAUAAUUGGAAUCAUCAAAUAAAUAACAAAGACAAAUGGAUUAAUUAAUAUUAGAGAAUGAUUCUAUUUUGCAUAACAAUGAGCAAUUAUAAACUGAUCGUAAUCAGUUGUCUGAUACUCUUUAAUAAAAGGAGAGUGAAAUUGAAAGACAGAAAAAGAAGAUAGAGCAUUUGAAAUAAUUAAAUUAAUAGAAUAUUGAGCAGAUUAAGAAAUUGUAAGCAGAAUUAUCAGAGAAGGAGGGAGUAGCUGAAAAAUGUUAAAAUGAAUUCAACAAUUUUUAAAGAUAACUUUAGAUAUUGAGAAAGGAGAAUGAGAGAUUGUCAGCAGAUACUUAAAAAUAUGUUGAAUAGCUUGAAUCAGAGAAGAUGAAUUCAGGAAAGAAGCUUGAUCAUUUGCAAUCUUAAUUGUAGUAAUAAAUUAUACAGAGAGAUUAGGAAUAUGAAGAUUUGGAUAAAUCAAGUAGGUCAGCCUUUGUUGAAAUAUAAUCUCGAAAAUAAGAGGCCGCCUUAUAACAAAGAAGGUUAGAAUAAUAGAAUGAUCUCAUUAAACAAUUGAGUGAGUAAUUAGAGAAAGUUUCUCAACAAAAUAAGAAUUUAUUGAAUGAUCAAUAAUUGAAUAAGUAAUAGCACGAGCAAUAACAAUAAGAGUUCGAAUUCACUAUCAAGGAUCUCUAAGCUAAUCUUUAGAAGUAAUAGUAUAUACAGGAUGAGCUAUAAAAAGAAAUUUAGAAAUUAAAAUUACAGGAAGCCAAGUAAAAAGAAGCUAAUGAUUUGGAAAAAGAAAAAAUGAAUCAAAUGAUGUUAAAGCUGGAAGAAAAGUUGGAGUAACACAAAACUGAUACAGCAGCUGAUUUAUAAGAAUAUGAGAUAUUCAAGUAGACAAAUUCAUAAUUAAAUGGAGAAUUAGAAAGGGUUAGAGGAGAAAAUGCUGAUUUACAUGAAAUAGUUAUAUAACUUUAGAAAGAAAAUGUUUCACUUAGAGAUCAUCAUUAAUAAAUGAUUUCAUAAAUAGAAGAAAAUCAUCAGGCAACCGAAAGGUUGAAAACUGUAUGUUAGUAAUAUGAAUAAGAAGUCAUUUUGUUAAGGAGAUAGCCUGAUCAAGGACUCUAUGAACAACCAAAGGCAGGAUUUAUUAAGACUAAAAAUACUAAGAGAAUGGAGGAUAUGGAGAGAGAAAACAUGAAUUAUUAAAAGGAGAUCUAGAGACUAAAGUCAGCUAUUGAUGAAAUUUAGAAUAAUUAAAAUUAUAAUUCCACUCCAACUCCGGAGAGGAAAUAAUUUAAUUAGUCGCAAAGUAUGUCAUAAAAAAAACACUUGUUUGAAUAAAAACCUAAAUCGAUUGACAACACAAUAAGAAAGCAUUUAUAAUGA